AUGAGUCUGUCAUCUGAAGAGUUGAAAGAGCAUCUUGCUUUCAACCACCAACUUUUACAGAGCACUCAUACUACACUAGAUGUUGAGUUAUUAAAGAUUUUGAGUAGUAGAAUGAUACAAUAUUACAAGGUAUCGACAUUGGUCUACCAUUCCUAUCAGAAAUCGAUGUUAACUUUGUUUGAGAACAGUGUUUCGGCAUCCGAUCGAUUGUUAUUGGUCAACUCUGCUCUCAAACUAAAGGACACAUGGUCGUUUGCAAACUUUGGUGUUGGCUACGGAGCGCCGACUUCUUCCGAUUGCCAUAUGUGCUACUACGAGACCGUCCACAAGAUCCUGAAACUGGUGUACGCCCGAGGCAACAUCAACUUUGAGCGUGACCUCGACAUUGUCUCUCUGGUAACCAUCGACUUUAUCAUGUACAUUCGAUCGAAUGUAGUUGGACGUCGAUGUCUACUCAAUGACCAAACACCAGCCAUCUACUCAAUCCUCCAUAAAUUACUUCAGAUAUUCUACUUGCGCUCCACCACCUCCACAACGACCAGCGAGAGUAGCAGCAGCAGUUCGACUAACCCUGCUACUAUUGGUAGUCCCAAGCCAUUCAAGCAGUAUAUCGACUCCAUUAUCAAUAUGCUCUCAUCGAACCGAGAACUAGGCACAUUCUACGUGAAUAUAAUGAAUCACUGUCUCUCGGGUCAGCCAAGCAUCGCACCCUACCAAAUCGUCAUUAAAAUCCUCAAGAUCUUUACAAUGUUCAACAAGAGUGCGCAUUUCAUCACUGAGUAUCUUCGGGUAAUCACUUAUUUCAGCCAGUUAUUUAGUUCCUCUCAAAUUGUAUUGGAUCAACAACUUCCAAUUCAACAGCAACCUCAACAUCUUCAACAACAAGCUCAUAAUAAUCAAUCGAAACCUACUACAAAUAUUGUAAACAUUACAUCCGGUAUAGCAACUCCAUCGACUUCAAGUUCAUCGUUAUCUUUUUCAACGUCUACAACAACAUCAUCAUCAGCAGUAACUACAACAACCUCAACAGCAACAACAACUACAACAACAACAGCAUCGAAUAUGAUGAGUAUAGAUGAAAAAGAACAAUCAUUAAUCAGUGAUGAUAAUGAUCAUGAUGAAAGUGAAAGCAAUGCCAUGGAGUCAUUGAGAUCGACACCAAGUUCAGAAUUAUUCUUGGAAGGAAAGUCUUCCACAAUCGUUUUGUCCAGAUUCUACAAAUUGGUAUUGGAGAUUAUCAAUACAUUGUUGUCCUUGGCCGAAGACUCACGAGCAUAUGUCAAUGCACUUCUAGAGAUACUAGGUAACAACAAACAAUUGAUAGCAUACCGCUUUCGUAUACAACAGCAUGCAUCGAUCUUUGGAGAGAAUCUCGACAUCGAAGCAGUCGAAACACUCGAAACUUUACUCUCUAUAUUCUUAUAUCUAGAAAAUUUACAUUUAACAAAUAAUCCGGUAUUAGAAACAUUGGCUAAUAGUAUACAUCCACAUCUUGUAUUCUCUUAUUUUAUCGAAUAUAUAUGUUCUUAUGACCAUACAAUGUUAUUAGAUCUAUUGAUUUCUUCAGAAUCAACUCAUUUUCUAUCUUAUUUCUUAAAAUAUCUAAACUAUAUUAUUAUGAAACCUAGUUCAUUGGAAAAGUUUGUUGAUAAGUUUCAACGAACCAACGACCAAUCAUCGAUAGGUCUAGAAGAGAUAGGAAAACGAACUUCAUCCUCUACCACUACCAAUACAUCAACUUCAACUAGAUCUACAUCGACCGCAUCAAUGAGAUCUACAUCGCUUUCGUCAUCUACAUCAUCGACAACAUCAACAUCAACAACAACGACAUCAUCAUCAUCAUCAUCAACUUCAUCGGUCACACCUGUGGAUACAGAUUUGAAUACUAGUAUGGAAAGCUAUACAACUUCGACCAGCAGUGCAGACUUUGAGAUUGAAUAUGAUUUCUAUCUCAUCUCCAAUUGUAUUUCAAAGCUUUCGCAAUCGAUUUCGAAAUCACACGAAAACAAUAGUUUUCCAUAUAAUGCCUCACUUUUACUUACAAGAUUAAGAAAAGCACAAGAUAUCUUUGAAAGAAUAAAUUAUUAA